UUCAUUUGCUCGUUCGUUCGUUCAUCAAUCGUCGCGGUUGCUGUGUCUUUUUCUUCGGUUCAUUUAAUCAGUGAUUUUUGAUACAAGACCUUAAAAUUGUAUUGAAAAACAAUUAAAAUAUUUUUGUUUCUUAGAAAAAGGAAUAAACACUAAGUACAUAUAAAACAAAAUCAAAACCUGCUACGGAGUACACGUAUUUCACUGAAUAAAAAAAGGAAAGAAAGAGGAAGAAAAUCGAAAGAAAAAUGACGUCUCUGGAACCAAAUGUGAAUCGCUUGCAAAAUUUCAAAAACAAAGGAAAAGAUCAAGAGGAAAUGCGACGACGACGAAAUGAAGUCACAGUGGAAUUGCGCAAAAACAAACGCGAGGAGACAAUCCUCAAACGACGCAAUGUCCCCAACAUGGACUCGAACACAGAUGAAGAUGAUCAGUUGCCAAAUCAAAUUAAUUUGAAGAAAUUGGCCGAAUCAGCUGCCGAUUCAACAAAACCCGAGCAGCAGUUGGCUGCUGUACAAGCUGCGCGCAAACUGCUAUCGUCUGAUAAAAAUCCACCCAUCAAUGAUUUAAUAAAGAGCGACAUUCUUCCUAUAUUGGUGGAAUGCCUUACGCAACACAAUCACACCAUGUUGCAAUUUGAAGCUGCCUGGGCUUUAACAAAUAUUGCUUCUGGCACAUCGGAGCAAACAAAUCAAGUGGUCGCUGCCGGUGCUGUCCCCCUAUUCUUACAAUUGUUGUCUUCACCCGCUCCUAACGUAUGCGAACAAGCUGUCUGGGCUUUGGGUAAUAUAAUUGGUGAUGGUCCCGAAUUGCGUGACUUUGUCAUAAAACAUGGUGUCGUCCAACCCUUGCUGUCCUUUAUUAAACCCGAUAUCCCCAUAUCGUUUUUGCGCAAUGUCACCUGGGUUAUUGUGAAUUUAUGCCGUAACAAGGAUCCACCACCACCGGCCGCUACAAUUCACGAAAUAUUACCCGCUCUCAAUAUAUUGAUUCAUCACACAGACACCAAUAUCUUGGUGGACACAGUUUGGGCCAUUAGUUAUUUAACCGAUGGUGGAAAUGAUCAAAUUCAAAUGGUCAUUGAAAGUGGAGUGGUGCCGAAAUUGAUACCACUUUUGGGUCAUGCUGAGGUUAAAGUGCAGACAGCUGCAUUGCGUGCUGUUGGCAAUAUUGUCACCGGUUCGGAUGAACAAACACAAGUGGUACUCAAUUAUGAUGCUCUAUCAUAUUUCCCGGCAUUAUUGUCUCACCAAAAGGAAAAAAUACGCAAAGAAGCCGUAUGGUUCUUAUCCAACAUCACAGCCGGCAAUCAAUCGCAAGUUCAGGCUGUCAUCAGUUGUGGCCUACUACCGAAAAUUAUUGAAAAUCUGCGAAAUGGUGAAUUCCAAACACAAAAGGAAGCUGCAUGGGCUAUUAGCAAUUUGACUAUUAGUGGUAAUCGCGAACAAGUGUUUACGCUCAUCAAAGAGGGCGUUAUACCACCAUUCUGUGAUCUUUUACAAUGUCAAGAUACCCAAGUUAUUAAUGUUGUCCUAGACGGUCUUAACAAUAUGCUCAAAAUGGCUGAUAGCCAUGUACAAGAAGUAGCCAAUUUGAUUGAAGAAUGUGAGGGUCUGGAGAAAAUUGAAAAAUUACAAAACCACGAAAAUGUGGAAAUCUACAAAUUGGCCUACGAAAUUAUUGAGCAGCACUUCUCAGAUGAGCUCGAACAAGCAUCAAUGGCGCCAGCUUCGGAUGGAGCUCAAUAUCAAUUUGAUCCAAAUGCUGAUAGCAGACUACCGAACUCAUUUAAUUUUUAACAAAAUUUCCCCUAUUUUUCAAUGUGACCAUGAUUUUACGCUAAAUGUUGUCUUGUACAUUGCAAACAAUCUAAAUCUUUAAUUUUUAAUUUUUAAUUAUUAUUUAAUUUAGAAUCAUAAACAAAGAACACGAGAACACGAAAAACAAAAGGAUUUAUCAAAAUUGCAAACAACAAGAACGAACAUACCGAGUCCAUGAUAAUUUAAUUAUUGUAAUUUAAUACUUUAUAAAAAAUCAUCUAUAUAUUAUUCUAUAUAUAUAAACAUAUAUAUACAAAACCAAA